AUGGCCCUGACGCUGGUGGCCAUGAGGCGCUCAGACCCGCGCUGUCCGCGCACAGGCGGCCCUCCCCGCCCCUUCCUUUGCGGCCUUGCCAGGCUCUCCUUCCCGACCCCCAACCCUAGCCCCCGGCCCUCUUGGGUGGACCCAGGCUCUCCCCGCUCUCGACGGGCCGCCUCGUCUCCGUCCUCGGGCCGCGCCCCCGGCGCCGCGCCCGCCGCCGCCAAGAGCCACCGCUGCCCGUUCCUGGGCUGCGCCAAAGCCUACUACAAAUCCUCGCACCUUAAGUCCCACCUUCGGACGCACACAGGUGAGCGCCCCUUCGCCUGUGACUGGCCCAGCUGCGACAAGAAAUUCGCGCGCUCAGACGAGCUGGCCCGCCACCACCGCACCCACACGGGCGAAAAACGCUUCCAUUGUCCGCUCUGCUCCAAGCGCUUCACCCGCAGUGACCACCUGACUAAGCACGCCCGCCGCCACCCCGACUUCCGCCCAGAACUGCUUCGGCGCCCCGGCGCCCGCAGCGCCUCGCCCAGCGACUCACUGCCCUGCAGCCUGGCAGGCAGCCCUGUGGCCAGCCCCUCGGCCAGCCCUGGCCCCGCCGGCCUGUAG